UUGACCGGAGUCGAAAUUAGCUUUCUACUGCAUAUUGCUGACAAACACCGGGCUAAUGAAAUAAUUAUUGCACUGGCGAAUAUGAACUUUUUGACGUGAGGACUUCUUCACUUCAUCCUGGUUGGGAUUCAGCAUGGCGCAGGAGGAGGACAUACACAGCCUGGGGGCGAAAUUUGUUGCUGCAGUUAAAGUGAUCCGGAGUUUGCCUGAAGAAGGUCCUUUCCAGCCAUCUGAUGACAUGAUGCUGAUGUUCUACAGUUACUACAAGCAGGCCACCUCGGGGCCCUGCAACAUCCCGAGACCCAACGGCUUCUGGGACACGAGUGGAAAAGCUAAAUGGGAUGCAUGGAGCUCUUUGGGAAAUAUGACAAAGGAGGAAGCCAUGAGGAAUUAUGUUGAGGACAUCCAGCUGAUUCUGGAGACCAUCCCAGUCUCAGAUGAAGUGUCCGAUCUGGUCGAGAAGCUUGGCAACUUCUACGCAGAGGUAGACAGAGAAGGAGAAGAAGAUGAUGAGGUGGACAGCAGACCCUUCACCAGGCCUUUUGCGAACCAUGCAGACGAGCUGGUCAAACAGUUUAUCAAACCGAUAAUGGAAGGCUAUGGGGAUCUGUGGGCUGAUAUACAAAACCUCGGAGAAAAUGACAGCAGUGCUCCUUGCAUAAGCGUCCUAAGUGGCGAGGAGGCAGAGGGAAGCAAUGAAAAUAGUGAAAUCGAGAGAAAUGAGGAAAGUAGUGAUUGGAGGAAAAGUGAGGAAGAGGAGAAUGGGGAUGAAGAAGACAAUACAGACGAUGAAGACAAGGAGGAGGAAGAGGAGGAGGAAAAAGACUGGAGGCCUAACCCGAGGCUGCUGAUGGUGGACAAGAGGUGGAGGUCUGACACUAGGGGGUCCAGCAGCAGCAUGGAGCCCAGCAUGUCCUCCUUCACCAACGGGACACACAGCUCCCUCAACAGCGAGAUGGAGGAGGAGGAGCUCGCCUGUUGCAUAGAGCCCAGUGUCCAGUAUAACUCCUAUAUGCACUUUAAUGGACACCCGAGUGGUCAUACUGAUGCUUUUCCUGAGAAGAACCAUCGAUCCACAGACUCAGAUAAUGAGGAAUUCUGUGACUCAAUGGAGCAUCUGGCCAUGGAAGAGGGGCGUUCUACAUCAAAAAUACUGUCACUUGGAUCAGGAGCUGCCUCAGUGUUUGACAGCAACACUACCCUUAAAGAAGGGAUGAGUGCAAACAGCUCCUUGUCAAGAAGAGGGAGAGGUUCACGGUCACCAAGGACUGCCUGCGGCGCUCUUCGGUGUGCCAGUGUCGAUGCUGCCUGCUGCUGUGUUUCACAGAGUAGACGUCCAAUCAGCUCUGCCAGAGGAAACGUCAAUGAGCAAAUAGCUACAGCUCUGCUGCAGCUGCAGCAUGACAUGGCCACGGUGUUGCAGAGGCUGCACGCUCUGGAGACGGUUGCGGUGUCACAGUCAAGAUCAUCUUCGCCAAGGCAGGAGGACUCCCUAGCUGUAGCACAAAAGUUCCUGAGACCAUCUUGGUGGCAUUUUAACGUUUCUCCACUCACUGUGGUGUUGACUGCACUCUGGCCUCUGGUUGCCCAUUGGCUUGUCCAGCUUUAUUUACAACGGAGGAGAAGGAAAAUCCCCUGAAUUAUCUGUGAACCGUCGGCAUCAAUCAAAGAACAUGAAGCUCGGAUGGAAUUGUUGCACUUUUGUUGCUUUGCGGCUUUUUCAAUUCCCUUCACAGACGGAGUAUAAUGAGGCUCCAGUAGAAAUGGAGAGGCUACUUUAGAUAAAUGAAUGGUCAGAAAGGUGUGUAAGACUCUGCCAUAUAGUGUAGCAUUUUGACUUCAUGGAUACUUUUUACGUGUUUUAAGAAACAGAAGAUUUGUGCAUUAUAAAUGCUGGCACAUUUUCUUUGUUGUAGUGAUAUUAGGUGGUGGUCUUAUUUAUGACAUGUCUCACAGACCACCAGGAACACAAUAUACACAUAACUCACAUCACUGAGUCAACUAUUUAUUGAAAUUAAUUAAUGAUUAUGCAGUCGCUGUUGACCUUAAGCGAUUCCCCAUCGUCAUUGCCAGUUAUUUUAUUUAUUGUACAUUUAAUAGUUUUUUUUAGGUUUCUUUCAUGUUUUGUCAGACAAUAUUUAUUUCUGAUUACUAAGGACUUUUAUAUUUAUUGUUAGAAAUAUAGAAAUAUUUGAGGUUCAUUUCCUUUUAGACCAAAUAGAGAUGGUAACGAAUAUUGCAGGCAACUGUGGCUAAGUGGAUAGCAGGGCCGUCUUUCAAUCAGAGGGUCAGCGGUUCAAUCCC